CGCCACCGCUCUUGCCGCCGCCAUGCAUCGCUUCAAGGUGUCCAAGUUUCGACAUACCGAGGCUCGGCCGCCCCGCCGCGAGGCCUGGAUCAGUGACAUCCGAGCAGGAACUGCCCCCUCGUGCGGGAACCACAUCAAAUCGAGCUGCAGCUUGAUCGCGUUUAACUCUGACCUCCCAGGUGUGCUGGGCAUCGUGCCUCUGGAAGGCCAGGGAGAGGAGAAGAGACGCGUGGUGACCCACCUGGGCUGCCAUUCAGACCUGGUCACCGACUUUGACUUCUCUCCCUUCGAUGACUUCCUUCUGGCCACAGGCUCAACCGACAGGACGGUGAAGCUGUGGCGGCUGCCUGCGCCAGGCCAGCCUCUGCCCACAGCUCCUGGGGUGGUGCUGGGUCCUGAAGCCCUCCAGGUAGAGACACUGCAGUUCCACCCCACGGCUGACGGCGUCCUUAUCAGCACAGCAGGCCGGGGUGUGAAGAUCUGGGACGUGGCCAGGCAGCAGCCCCUCACAGAGCUGGCGGCCCAUGGAGACCUGGUGCAGAGUGCAGCGUGGAGCCGGGACGGUGCCCUCCUGGGAACGGCAUGUAAGGACAAGCAACUUCGGGUUUUCGACCCUAGAGCAAAGAUCGAGCCCUCCCAGAGUACACAGGCCCAUGAGAACUGCAGAGCCAGCCAGCUCGUGUGGACAGGCAUCCAGGAGCACCUCAUAUCUACGGGGUCCAGCCAGAUGCGGGAACGGGAGGUCAAGCUCUGGGACACUCGACAGCUGUCCAGCGCCCUGGACACCGUCACCCUGGACACCUCACCAGGGCCCUUGAUUCCACUGUUGGACCCAGACUCCGGGCUCCUCGUCCUGGCAGGAAAGGGUGAGAGCCAGCUGUUCUGCUAUGAGGUGGCCACACUGCAGCCAGCACUCAAGCCUGUGAACCAGUGCAUUCUGGAGGGUGCCCUGCGGGGAGCAGCCUUGGUGCCCCGGCUGGCGCUGGCUGUCCUGGACUGUGAGGUACUCCGUGUCCUGCAGCUGAGCGACACAGCCAUUGUGCCCAUCAGUUACCAUGUGCCCCGAAAGGCUGUGGAAUUCCAUGAGGACCUGUUUCCGGACACGGCGGGCUGUGUGCCCGCCUCCGAGCCCCAGGCCUGGUGGGCCGGGAGCAACCAGCAGGUGCAGAGGGUCAGCCUCAACCCAGCUCGCCGGUCCCACCCCAGCUUCACGUCCCCCCUGCUGCCCCCAUUGGACUCACCCACUGUCCCCGCCAGGCCCCUGGAGACCAUGGUGGAAGAUACUGACCCCAGUGAGGGCUUCUCCUCUCCGCCCAGCUCGCUGGCCUCACCCUCCACGCCCUGCAGCCUGGCCCCCUCUCGCUCCAGCACCAGUGGCAUCGGCAGCAGCCCUAGCCAGCGGUCACUGCAGAGCCUGCUAGGCCCCAGCUCCAAGUUUCGCCAUGCCCAGGGCACCGUCCUGCAUCGAGACAGCCACAUCACCAACCUUAAGGGGCUGAACCUCACCACGCCCGGCGAGAGCGACGGCUUCUGUGCCAACGGGCAGCGUGUAGCCGUGCCCCUGCUCAGCAGCGGUGGGCAGGUGGCCGUGCUUGAGCUGCAGAGGCCCGGCCGCCUGCCUGACACUGCGCUGCCCACGCUGCAGAAUGGAGCAGCUGUGACUGACCUGGCUUGGGACCCCUUUGACCCAUACCGCCUGGCCGUGGCUGGAGAGGAUGCCCGGAUCCGCCUAUGGCGGGUGCCCCCCGGGGGUUUGGAGGAAGUACUCACCACACCUGAGGCCGUGCUCACCGGCCACAUGGAGAAGAUCUACUCUCUGCGCUUCCACCCAUUGGCGUCCGACGUGCUGGCUUCCUCGUCCUACGACCUCACUGUUCGCAUCUGGGACCUGCAGGCUGGCAUGGAGCGGCUAAGGCUGCAGGGCCACCAGGACCAGAUCUUCGCUCUGGCCUGGAGCCCCAGCGGGCAGCAGCUGGCCACUGUCUGCAAGGAUGGGCACGUGCGGGUCUAUGAGCCCCGGAGCAGCCCUGAGCCCCUGGAGGAAGGCCCAGGGCCUGAGGGGGUUCGUGGAGCCCGUGUUGUCUGGGUGUGUGAUGGCCGCUGUCUGCUGGUAUCUGGCUUUGACAGCCGCAGCGAACGGCAACUGCUGCUAUACUCUGCCAACACUCUGGCGGGGGGCCCCUUGGCCGUGUUGGGCCUGGAUGUGGCCCCUUCGACUCUGCUGCCCAGCUAUGACCCAGACACAGGCCUGGUGCUCCUCACAGGCAAGGGCGACACCCGUGUGUUCCUGUAUGAGCUGCUCCCUGAGGCCCCUUUCUUUCUGGAGUGCAACAGCUUCACGUCGCCAGACCCCCACAAGGGCUUUGUCCUCCUGCCCAAGACUGAGUGUGAUGUGCGGGAAGUAGAGUUUGCUCGAUGCUUGAGGCUCCGCCAGACCUCCUUGGAGCCCGUGGCCUUUCGGCUGCCUCGAGUCAGGAAAGAGUUCUUCCAGGAUGAUGUAUUCCCAGACACGGCCAUGAGGUGGGAGCCGGUGCUCAGUGCCAAGGCCUGGCUGGGAGGCGCCAAUGGGCAGCCCCAGCUCCUCUGCCUGCAGCCCUCUGGCAUGACCCCAGUGAGCCAGGCCCCACGAGAGGCACCUGCAAGACGGGCCCCCUCGACAUUGUACCUGGAGGAGAAGUCAGACCAGCAAAAGAAGGAAGAGCUGCUGACUGCCAUGGUGGCGAAGCUGGGCAACCGAGAGGACCCACUGCCCCAGGACGCGUUUGAGGGUGUAGAUGAGGAUGAGUGGGACUAGCCAUCAUUCAUCCCUGGCCUCACCUGCGCUGCCUCAUCCUAGACCACCUGGGCCCUGCACACCUCAUGUCUCAUCCUCAGACUGGAAGACACCUCUCUGGCCCCAGCACCUCAUCCCCAGAAGGCUGGCUGCUUUCUGGCCUUGGGCCCCUCAGUGGCCUCUCAACCCCAGAGCCACUGGGAAUUGCCCUAACCUCUGCUUUCUCUGGGAACAGCUGCUUCUCCAUGGCUGCCUGUUAGCAUGUGGAGCCUGGGACUCGGGGAAGGGGGGGUAUUGUGCAUGGCCCUGGGCAGGCCCUAGGCCUCACACACAUCCUACCUACUGACCUGCGUUGGUCCCAGUCUGAGCUGGCUUUGCCCGUGCCUUCAGCGCCUAUAUGCCACCAUAUCUUGCCUGCUGUCCCAGUUCUAGUCAAGGGCCUCAGGGGCUGGCCCCCUACCAGGAGCAGCAGCACCAGCCUGGAGGCUCUAAGACCAGCUGCUCCUGCUCUCCAGGCUUGAAGCCAGGCAAAAGGGGUAGCCCAGCGCUGAGAGCCCCACAGGCAGGGGCCUGCACACACCAGGAUAUCCUCAGUGAUUAAAAUUUUCUAAGCUGGC